AUGUAUCUCCUCAACCUCACCCGCAGCUUGCGAAGUCAGAACAAAGACGCCCGCGCGCGCAAAGCGGAAAUCGGCGACUUAGUCGUGGUCUUGGACUCGCUCCUAGAGACGAUUGCGAGUAAGCCAACCCUCGAGUUCGAAUUCCUCCAGCAGCCCCUCCGGCGGUGUGGUCAAGCUUGCGAGGAAUAUUGCAAAAUCACCGCCCAAUGCAUGAAGCACUCCAACGACACGUCGCGACCGAGCGUGAGCGACUGGAUCACACAAAAGUAUCUCCAAGGAGACAUUAAUGACUUUAGGGCCAUGCUUGCCGCACAUAAGUCCAUGAUCAAUAUCGGUCUUGCGAAUGCUAAUUUACGCAUUGCCCCCAUCUCGCCCAAGGUUCUGGAUAGCUACAAGGCCAUGAUUGCCGACACCACCAGCGAUCUGAACACUCACCUUCAGGAUAUGCAGGAAAAGAUCGACCGCCUUAAGGCUGGAGAUGUCGCGGCCGUCGACGAAGUGGCUUUAGAGUGGCAUGCGAUGACUGAAGAGAAUGAGAGUGCUAAGCUAGGCCUCGAGAUGUGUGCUCGCUUGUCCGUCCAGAUGAGUGAGUUCGAAGCGGUAUCAGCGGAGUCUGCUCAGUAUACGGGUCGUCCAUCGGCACACAAACACAUCAAUGCCGGCCUGAGUCAAGCCGGACAGUCCAUCAAGUCUCUCGUCGGCCGUCUGCAGUCUCAUGAGGCGCUCGUCAGCAGCCAGCUAGAAGCGAUGUCUCUGCAAGGGGCACUGUCGGAGCCCGCUGCCUCCCAGCUUGAGCGCCUCUACUCUUUUCUGUUAGAGAUGUUCUCUAUGCCAAGGCUCGCGCGGUUUGUCAGCAUGAUUAAGUGCUUGAGAUAA